AUGUAUUUUCAUAAGAAAGAAAAUAUGAAUCUACAUUUGAACAACUAUAUGAAUAUAUUAGAUAAUACAUAUAACAAAUAUUUCAACAUCAAUAGUAACCGCAGUAACAGCAACAACAGCAUAUUUGACAAUAGCGAAAUUGAGAGUCUAUAUAGGUAUAAUAAUAAAAGGAAAAUUUUGUAUGAUCAUAAAUCAUAUGUGGAUAUAAAUAGCAAAGCAAGUAUUUUAUCAAAGAUGGGUCAAAAAAAUGCAAAAAUACAGAAAAACAGUAUGUAUGACUUAAAUAAUGAGCUAUAUGACAACAGAUAUAAAAAUAUAAGCUAUAAUAAUGCAAAUGAUAUGAAAGAGACAAACUACAAUUUAAACAAUAUAAAAAUUUUGGAUGAGGAAGAGAAUUAUAACAGUACCACCAGCCAUGGGAAACCCACAAUGAGUAAUCUUAACUACGCAAAUGGCUUAAACAGCAACAAUGAGAACUACAAUGGACACUACAACAAUAACUACAAUAAUAACUACAAUAAUAACUAUAAUAUUAACUACAACAAUGAUAACCACAACAGUAACCAUAACAGUAACUACAACAAUGCGCGGCUUAUCAGCCACCAGCGCAAUCACAUGCUCGACUUUCGAAAUUACCAAAGUUCCAAAUAUGACAACGUAAAUUACGACUAUGCGGGGUUCAACAGGGAAAACGCCGUCGGUGCAGGAGUUGGUGCAGAAAACUACAUCAUUAACAAUAAAAAUAGCAUUAACAGUAACAAUUACAAUAAGGAUAAUAGUAACAAUUACAAUAAGGAUAACAGUAAUAGUAAUAACAAGGAUAACAGUAAUAGUAAUAACAAGGAUAACAGUAAUAGUAAUAACAAGGAUAACAGUAAUAGUAAUAACAAGUAUAACAGUAAUAGUAAUAACAAGCAUAACAGUAAUAGUAAUAACAACCAUUUUGAGGGGUACCACGACUUGGAUGAGAAAAAAUUUGAUAAAAUGAAUUAUAUCCAUGGUAAUGCACCAAUCAAUACCAUUAGUAAUAAAAACAACUUUGACAUGAACAGCAAUGCAAAUAAGGUAAACCUCUAUCCGACUAGUAACAGUUUUAACAUAAAUAAGCUAUAUGAUAAUAUUCAACAUAAUACUAGCAAGCUGCAUGACUUGAGUAAACGUCACUUCGUGAGUAACGACAACAGUAAUGCAGGUGUGAAUGCCAUUGGAAAUGUUAACAGUAAUAAUACCUACAGUAGUAACCACUGCGACUAUAAUAACAACAACAGUAACUACAACAGUAACUACAACAGUAACUACAACAGUAACUACAACCACGGUAGUAACUACAACAGUAACUACAAUGGUAACUACAACCACGGUAGUAACUAUAAUCGUAAUAGUAACUACAACACUUAUAACGACUUUGCGAACAAGUACAAUUAUCCCGACAUAGAGGAUAUCAUGAAAAAGUACGGGGCGAAAGAGAAUCAAGUGAAAGUGACCAAGGACAACUACGAGUGUACAAAUGGGGAAAUUUUUGGAAAAUUGUUAAAAAGCAAUUACAACCACAAGCACAAUCAAAACAAUAACAGUAACAAUAACAAUAACAAUAACUGCACCAAUAGUAACAACAAUAACAACUACUUCCCUAGCAGCGAUAACAAACCUAAUGGUGGAAGCGCUAACAGCCGAAACACAAACGACGAUCGAAACGCGUACGAUUACAACAUGUUCCAUCGUGAUAUGCACAAGAACCCGCUGCUAUACCCCAACAUAUCAAACUUCCGAAACAGAGAAAAGGAGGACGAAGAAAAAAAGAGAGAGACAAAAAUAAAUUUAUUAAAAAAUAUAAUAGUAACAAACGCAAGUAAAAAAUGUAAUUUCAGUUUUAAUAAUGAUGAUUUUUAUGAUAGUAUGCCAAAUGAUAAUUUUAAUUUCAACACCAGUUCUGUUGCUGAUUAUAAUAUUGGAAAUGUAAAUAAUGACUUGUUUAAUAAGAAUUAUAAAAAUAAUAAAAGUGCAUAUAAUAACUUGUACGACGAUUUGAACAUCUCGGAUAAUCUCACUGAGACGCCAGGAAAUUUGAACAAGCACAAAUUCGGUGAGGGGGGGACUCACAACAACAGCAGCAACAAUAAUAAUAAUAAAAAUAAUAGUAAUAGUAAUAAUAAUAAUAAUAAUAAUAAUAAUAAUAAUAAUAAUAAUAAUAAUACUAAUAGUAAUAAUAAAAAUAAUAGUAAUAGUAAUAAUAAUAAUAAAAAUAAUAUUAAUAGUAAUAAUAAUAAUAAAAAUAAUAGUAAUAGUAAUAAUAAUAAUAAUAAUAAUAACGACAGAAGCAGUAACAAUCACAAUGGUAGAUACAAUAACGAGCAGAGAAAUGCCGAUAAUUUCCACCUCGACCAUAACAUGUACCAAAGAAUGACGAAAGACAACAACACAAAUGACACUGGAAAGAACGGAGAGGACAAUUACAAUAACAUCUACGAUCAUUCUAAAGAUAGAACGUUUAGCCCAUUCAACAAAUAUCAUGCCAAUGAUAAGGGAUAUGAAGGACAGCGAGAUAUUCAUCUCGAUAUACAUCUCGAUACGCAGCGUGAUAUGCACCGACAUAUUUACCCAGAUACACAUCGCGACAUCCAUCCAAACAAUGUCCUAAUGGUACCUAGAAAAAAUGAACCCUUGAAUCCAUACACAAACAUGUUUGAAGAUAAAACUUACAAUUAUUCAGGUUACCAAACGAACGAAAAGUGUAGCGACAGGAUUGAUGGGCAUAUCACCUCGUUCAAGGAAAAUAUUAUCCCUAUUCAGCCGUUCGCUAUGCCAAAGGGCGAAAUAAGGAAUAGACUAAGUAACGAUAGAAACUUGUACAAUGCACAUAGGAGUAACUUAAAAAAUAUACAUGAACACAACUUAGCACUCAAUGCUAAUAAAAUGAAUGAUUAUUUAAACCUGUCACAUGACAAGAAAUAUGAAAACGCUUCCGAGCAUAAUAAUGACUUAAAUAUUUUCAUUAACAAUGUAAAGAAUGAAGAAAAUUACUCAGAUAUGAACCAUUUGACAAAGAAUAAAAAUGCUAAUGCGAGUAAUAAUAAUAAUAAUAAUAAUAAUAAUAAUAAUAACAACAAUAAUAAUAAUAACAAUAAUAAUAAUAAUAACAAUAAUAAUAAUAAUUAUUAUUAUAGCGUUCAUAAUAAUAGCGUUCAUAAUAGUAGCGUUCGCAAUAAUAGCAUUCUCAAUGACCGCCAUAACAAUGACAAUAACGCCUUCAACGAAACGAAGUAUAUACCUCUCAACAAACACAAUUACGAUGACUCUAAGACAAAAAACUUAAACCUGUAUGAAAAUAUAUUCAACAGAAAUGUUAAUAAUAAUUUCAUUACUAACAAUGAAAACCUUCAUAUCAAGAACAAAGGAAUAUACAAUGACGCAAAUGACAAAACAGAACUGUUUAGUAUAAGCAAAGUAAGUAAUUAUGAUCACAUGAACAAUCCGAAUUAUGAAAAUAGUAUUUAUAAUAAUAAUAAAAUAUGUACAUUCUUAGAAAAAGAUAGAUUAGAUAGGCACAAGUUUGAUCGUAGUAGUAGAGCACUAUGCCACCCAUAUGAUCUCACAAGUAUAAAGGAAAAAGACUCUAAUAUGAAUGGCAUAGGAACAAAUAAUAUUUCAAAUAAAAUGUUAAUGAGUGAAAAACUAAACGGAUAUAAUAGGAACAUUGAUAAUAAUAUGAACAAUUGUAACUAUGCGGAUGAAUCAAAUUGGAGGAAUCAUUACCACUUGAACCGAAACGACGAUAAAUUAGAAUCAUUUUAUCUUAAAAAAAAAGACAACAAUAUUUUUAACCUAACACCGAAUGUUAAUUUUGAUAAAGAUAAAAUUAUCAGCAAAAAAGAUAAUGACUUUUUUAAACUAAAACAGAAUAUUAAUAUUACAAAUGACAAGACUAUCAACUUUGGAGGGAAUAGUGCAACAGGAAAAACGAAAAAUAACUGGAUGGCCAACCAUACGGAUAGUUUAUUUAACAACAUAAAAGUUAACAGUGAACAGAAGGAAAGCGAAAUAACAAGUAUGAUGUAUAAUAUUCCUCUUAGAGAAAGCAAACUGAGUAGUGCAGCAUGUGGUGUAAAUAGUAACUACAGUAGUAACAUAGGUAGCAAUGUCAAACUUAAUAUGAAUGGUAAUACUCUUCACAGUGGGAACUACCACUGGGACAGUCAUUAUUUAGUGGAAAACAGGAAAAAUGAAGACAUGCUUUUGUAUAAAGAAGAUAAUGUACUUUUUUCAAAAAUGAAUAACAUGAACAGAGCAACAACGAAAGGUUUGGAAGGAGAAGUUGAUGAUUAUAAUAUUAUCACAAGCGACCAUAGUAACGACAGUAAAUACGAACAAGGAAUGAAAAAGAAAAGCAGCCCAUUGUGGAUGUAUGAAACUAACAAAUGUAACCUAUUUGAAAAGAAAAACACAAAUAUCUGUGCAAAUAAUUUGAACAUAUUUAACAAUAUUCAUAAGACAGAAAAUGAGGAGGAUGCACUUUCAAGCAAUUUGAACAAAUUCUAUAAUGAAUAUAUGAGGGAAAACAAAAUGGAGGAAAAAAAUAUAUUCACCAAGAGCAGCGAUAAACAAAACAGAAACAUCGACAACAACCGCUAUAACAACAAAGAUAAAAAUGACUGCAACUACAACGAUGGGAACUACAACAAUGGGAACUACAACAAUGGGAACUACAACGAUGGCAACUACUACGAUGGCAACUACUACGACGGGAACUACAACGAUGUCAACCAUUUCCCUGGUAUCAGUAGUGCUAAAGCCCAUUUUGGAAAGACUAUUGAUGAACAAACCAAAUGUUCUACCUUGCUAAGUAGUUUUAACAAACCUAGCAUUAAAGAAAAUAAUAAUAAUUCUAGUUCCUUUAACAAAAAAUUGUGCAGUCAAAACAGUAACAACUCCAGCUACAGCUACAACCAUAACUACAAUCAUAGUUUUAAUGUGAAUAAACAACCACUUAAUAAACAGCUUCCUCCAUUGCCUUUUAAAAAUCCAGUGAAACAAAAUAAUCAGGAAAUAACAAAUCAGACAAAACUGAAAUUUUUUGAAAAUUGUAGCAAUGCUAGAGAAAAUAAUACUCAGAGAAAUUUAGACACGAAUCAUGGCGGAAUUAAUAAUCCAAAUGAUCUAAUCAUUUUUAACCGAAAUGGUAGGAACACCAAUAAUUCUAGCUCUAACAACAAUAAUAACUCUAGCAGUAACUACAGCUGUAACGGGGCCGCUUAUAAAAUACGCACUGAUGGUAUUACCAACGUGCACACCCCUGACGUCAACAGUGCUCUACCCAGUUAUAACAACCUUGACAUUUUUAGAAACAAAAGUACAAAAUAUAAUUUGUUCAAAAACAAUUUAACUACUUUAAGAGAAAAAAAUAUGCAAAAUGGUACCUUAAACGAACUCUCCUCUUUUCAAAAUAAUACUAAUAGCGAGUUAUUACCCAGACAUAACUUAUUUACUAAUAAAUAUGACCAACAAAAUGACCAACAAAAUGACCAAAAAAAUGACCAAAAAAAUUGCCCAAUAAAUGGCCCAAUAAGUGGCUUAACAAAUGGCCCAAUAAGUGGCUUAACAAAUGGCCCAAUAAGUGGCUUAACAAAUGGCCCAAUAAAUGGCUUAACAAAUGGUCCAAUAAAUGGACUAAAAAGUGACCCAAAUGAGUGGAAUUCCAAAAGAGUUCAUUCACUAAAAAAUUAUCCUGAACAGUCAUAUUUUUUAAACGAAGGUAACCAAAUGAUCAAAUCCGUAUAUAAUAACAUAAAAAAUAAAUAUACGGACAACAAUUUAGAUGGUAAUAUCAAAUUAAGUGCAACAAACCGCUUCAAUAAUAACGGACCUCUGCAAAAGGAGGAUGGUUAUAUAAUGAACACAAACGGGGGAAUAUUAAACCCAAAUUUUCAGCGAAAGGGAGCAAGCACUGACAAUUAUAAAUACGCCAAUUGUGCACGGGGUUACGAAAACUAUGGAGGUACUUACACCAACAAUGGCACAAACUAUGAUAAACAUGAACACAUUUACGAUAGGAACGCUAACUGUAGUUACGAUCGUGACAAGGGCAUAUCCCUUAGUAACAACAUCUCUAUGCUGCUCGAAAAAAUAAGUAAUAAUUCAGAUAAAAAAAAAAAUAGUGAUUGUAUGACCAUAAACUACUAUGACCACAGUAAUAAGGGGAACAAUGAAAACGUUACUUUAGGUAUCAAUACAGAGAACUAUAACGACAAUUUAAAUGUAGACACUAACAGUUUUGUUAUAUCAGAUAAUUAUUUGUGUCAUUUUGGUUUGUCUACUUUAUAUAAAUGUAAGUUAAAACAUGAAAAUUAUUCUUUUCUGAUUAGUAUUGUGGAUUCCUUUUAUUUAAAUAGUGCAAAUGGUAAUGAUACUGUAGCGAAUAAUAUACUUUUUCAUAAAAGAUUAAGACAUAUAAACAUCUUAUCAUAUAAGGGAAAGACUGCUGAUAAAACCAAGUUAUAUUUGUUAUUCGAGAAUAUACAUGGAAAUGUUUUGAAGUCUCACACCACACCUUUUGAGGAAAACAUUAUUGCUUCCUAUGCUUACCAAAUAAUAGAUCUACUUGAGUACAUGCACACUAAUUUUAUAAUAUUUCACGGACUACUCUCAAACAUAAUUAUUUUACAAAAGAACACGAGAAAAGAAUUAGUGCAGAUCUUAAAUGAAAAAAAUAAAAGUGUAAACAAAUAUUUCGACAUAUACAAGCACGGGAUUAUUAAAGUUUUUAACUUCGAUUUUGCUAACAUAGACGCAAACGAAAAGGAUUACGAGUUCGACUUCUUUUGUUUAGCGGUUCUAAUAUACGAAAUGUGCACCACAUAUAAUACUUACUAUUCUAACAAAUUUGAAGAUAUUGUUGAACGUAUACACAACACCAAUUUUUUUUUCCCCCAUUUUGUUUCCUUUGAAUUGAAGAACUUUUGUUAUGAAUUGUGCUCCAAAAGAAGACACUGUUUUAAUGAUCUUAAAAAUCAUGCAUGGUUCCAGAAAAAUUUUAAUUUUUAA